CAACAUGACCUCACCCGGAAGUGUUCCUCUCCACUUCCGGUCCGUUAGCAUGUCUGUGUCAGACUCGUUGUCCUCCGUCCUCCGGGACUUCAGGUCCGCGGCGGUGACUGAAAUCAGCCUCAGAGUUUCUCUCCAACCCGGAACCGGCGGCAUGGAGGAGCUGGAGGACGUGAUGAAGAGACUCUGUGACGUUUUGCUGCUGCAGCUCAUCUCACUGCUGGAGGUCAAAGACUCCGCCCCUCCUGCUGCAGACCCUCAGGCCGACAGUCAAUCAGACGCUCCUACAGGCGGCCCCAGCCAAUCGGAUCAGACUGCAGCUGCAGGCGGUGGGCGGAGCUUCGGCAUCCGCAGGAAGCGGCGUCCACUCAGCUGCUCUCGCUGCGGGAAAGCGUUCAGGACCUGGAGCCACCUGAGGACUCACGCGUCGUCCACAUGUCCGUCCAGGAGACGCCGGCCGACGAGUCCGGGAGCAGACGAGACGCUCAGGUGCGCCGAGUGUGGGAAGGAGUUCUCUAAACGCAGCUACCUGUCGGCUCACCAGAGAGUCCACCUGAAGCAGAAACCCUUCACCUGCCCCUCGUGUGGCAAAGGAUUCACGGCGCGCCACAGUGUCCUGGUCCACCAGAGGACGGUCCACGGAGGCCUGAGGCCGUUCAGCUGCAGCGUCUGUGAGAAGAGCUUCAGCCAACGCAGCGGCCUCAGCGUCCACCUGCAGAUGCACUCUGGCGAGCGGCCGCACGCCUGCGACCAGUGCGACAAGCGCUUCUCCAGCCGGAGCAGCCUGACGGUUCACCGCCGCGUCCACACCGGCGAGAAGGCCUUCAGCUGCCACGCCUGCAGCAAGAGCUUCAGCGUGGCCGCCAACCUGCGCCGGCAUCAGCUCGUCCACUCGGGCCGCCGGCCGUUCAGCUGCGACGUGUGCGGACGCAGCUUCUCUCAGGCCGCGCACCUGAAGGUGCACGGGAGCCUGCACGCCGCCGGCUGGGCCUUCAUCUGCAAAGCCUGCGGGAAAGGCUUCAGACAACGCAGCGCGCUGCUCGUCCACGAGAGGACGCACGGCGGCGUGAAGCCGUACGGCUGCAACAAGUGCUCCAAGAACUUCACCUCGUCCACGUCUCUGAAGCGCCACCUGCUGGUCCACGCCGGGCGGGACGUCCACACCUGCCACGAGUGUGGGAAGAGCUGCAGCAGCGCCCAGGUCCUGAAGAAUCACCUGCAGCUGCACGGCGGCGGGAAGACGUUCACCUGCGACGUGUGCGGCCGCAGCUACAGCUCAGCGAGUUACCUGAAGACGCAUCGCCGCAGUCACUCGGAGGGGAAAGCGUUCAGCUGCGCUCAGUGCAAGAAACGCUUCUCCACUCAGGCCAGCGCCACGUUACACCAGCGGACGCACAGCGGCGAGAAACCGUUCGUCUGCGAGGUCUGCGGGAAAAGCUUCAGCGUGUCUCAGAACCUGAUCAGACACAAACGCGUCCACAGCGGAGAGAAACCGUUCGAGUGCGAGGUCUGUGGGAAAAGCUUUAACCAGAGGAGCAACCUGAAGACUCACCAGCUGAUUCACUCAGGACUCAAACCAUUCGGCUGCUCCUCCUGCAGCCGGAGCUUCGCCUCCUCCAGGAGCCUCCGCGAGCACAGCUGUCAGCCCAGCACCUGAGCCCGAGCGGGACCAGAACCAGGCCCGGCCCGCCAGGCUGACACCGCGCUUUUAUUUUAUUAUACUUAUUUUAUUCCUGGUUUUAAACCUAACACAUUAGAUUUGUUUCUUUCCUGUCGUGUUGUGUUUCUUGAUACGUUGAAGAACAAUAAAUAUUCUUUGUUUCUGGAAGUUGAGUAAAACCUUUUCAGCCUGA